GCUGGGCCCCUCCUCGACGUGCUCGUCGACCUGCCGGCCGCGGCGGCGGACGCGCACCUCGCGCGCACCGCCGAGGAUGCGGCGGCGGACGUGCGGGAGUGGGUGACGAAGUUUCUGGACAGCACCAACCGGGAGACCGACAACUUUGUGGCGGCGGCCGCGACGCUUCCAGACGCCGCGCUCCUGAACCUGACGUCGAGGUUCUUGGAUGAUACCUCGCACCGCCUCAAGAUGCUGCAGAAGCACACGUUGCUGGUUGCGCUGCGCGUCAAAAAGGCUCGGGCUCAUCGCCCAGAGAGGGGAAUGGCGCUGGAUCUCGAUCUCAGUCACGUUGGGGCGUCGGAGGAUGAUUCCUCCUCCUCCUCUGCGUUGACCCCGUAG